AAAGUCUAUCGUCUAUGAACAUAACGCGUAAACAAAAUCAAAAUGGACCGUUAAUGUAGGAAAGCAAUGAAUUCAAAUUUGAUUCAUUUGUUUGUUGAAAUGCGUUGAAAGAAUUUUGUGUAAAGUGCUAUCUGUGUUGAAUUAUAAAGUGCAGUGACGACCUUUCGUGUUUUGAUAAUAAUUUAAGUGAAAAAGCUUGAAAAUGUCUGACAGUGAUAGCGACACAUCAAAUAAUGUUUUUACCUUCCAAAACACGAAUACCAUUGUUAGCGCGAAGGGUCCAAACAUUAACGUAUCUAAUUUAAGUUUUCGUAAUCCAAUGACUUCAACUAUGUGUAUGCCAAGGAACUUCGAAAGGUCGAGGUAUGCCGAAUCAGUUUGUGACCAAAGGAGUAUGUACUACCGCCGUGAAACUUCGCCGAUGUCCAUACGCAGUGCUUGCGAUGUCCGGCCACGGAAUUACCAGCAAUACUAUCCUGCCACAAGCUCCCAAAAGUCUAUGUUUAGUGGAAGAGGUGGCUCUCCAAUGUCUGUCAGAAGUAUUGAUUCAUCUGCAAGUGUAAGUGCAGCAGAUAUAGCUUUUGCAUUCAAAAAUGUGAAGUUUAAUAGAUAUGAUCUCAAAGUUAUAAAGGAUGCUUACCACAAACUAAUGAAGCAAAAAGUAAGAAAAAGAAUUGAAAAGAGAAGGAACAUGAGAUUGUUCCUUAAAGGUGGUAGAAGAAGAUCAGGUUAUGACUCUGGAGAGCUAGGAAGCAACUCCUCAAUCAGCAGUGAUGACUGUAGGUCCGUUAAGACCUCUUACAAAGAAAAUAUGUCCAGCAACGCAUCAACAAGAAUGAAUUUGACUGAUUUCAGAAGAACUGUUAAUGACAACACAUUUAAAGAUUGUUCUGAAAGUUUUAAACAAAGUGCCUUUAAAAAUAAGUUUCCUAUUGGAUUCAACAGUACAAACACUACAAGAAAUUUUAACAACUCAGUGAUGCCUUCCAACAGUUUACAAAGCAAUCCCUUCACUUCUCAAAAAGAGAGAUUCAAAAAUGGAUUUUUAUUGCCAUCUCAGAGAUUUAACAAGUCAGUAGCUUCAUCAGUAAUAAUGGAAAACUCAGAAAAAUGUUACAAAACUACAGCAAAUAAUCCAAGAAAUCAUAAAGCUCCAAACAGAAACAAUUGUGUAAGUGGUAGUGAGGAGGAAGAAAUAUUUUCAGAGGUGACUGUUAGAGAAAAGAGCCCAUGUAAUAUUGAACCUCAGCGUAAAAGGAGCCUGGACAGUGAGGAUGAAUGUCUUCCACAAAAAAAGAAAAGCAGAGUGUUGUCACCAGUUAAAAAUGAUCCAAUUAAUAGAAGAUCUCCAUCUAAACUAAAGAAUCAUCAACCAAAAAAUAUUGCUUUAUCAAAUAGCUUUGAAUUUGCCAAGCCUUCUUUACCAAUCAGAAAAUCUAAACCAAAAAUUCAAGAAAAGCUCAUAGCCAAAUCGGCACAACCUUUAACAGACUUCUUGGAACCAGUUCCUGAAAAAAUACAAGAGCCUGUACAAACAGUACAAGUCACACAGCCUGAUGUCUCCCAAGAGAAAUCUGCUGAAAAUUUGUCUCAGCUAGAUCAAUCUGAAGCUACACAGAGUGACAUGUCUUCACGGCCAAGCUUUAUUAAAAGAAAACUAUUCACACAGACAAUGGAUGUUACAGAGAAAGCAAAUGUGAGCACUGACAGCACAAACAGCCCACAAAGUGGAGUUUAUCUUCUACAGAAGGAGAAAAACAAAGCUAGAAAGGUGGUGACCAGCCAGUCAUGUCUAAAUAGAGAAGUUCAAGAUGACAGUAAUCUGUUAGACUUAAUUCACAAGAUAGUACCUCGAGACCGUAUGAACCUUGUGACACCAGUUGACAAAGUUGUAGAUAAAACUGUUGAUAAAACACUCAUGCCAAAAGAUUGCAGGAUUUUGGUGGAAAAGCUGCAGCCCAAUGACAUAGCACAGAAGCAAGUUGUGAACAAAGAUGUCAACUUAACACAUAAUAAUGCCACUGUGAGCAGUGUAAAAAAUUCAGCUAAGACCUUUUGGGACACAGACUUUGAAAGUGAUGCAGAAUGCCAGACUAUACUACCACGGAGCAAUACAUUUGAUAGCUCCAAGAGAGCAAAUACUACAUUGGGAGUGACCACCGAGUUCAAAAAGCCCACUGGCUAUGCAAACAAGCAAAUAUUAAAGAAAUCACAGCAAAAUGUUGAUAAGCCAAAACAAUUAAAUAAUGUUAGCAUGAAUAGCACUGUCAUGAAUAAUACUGUGGAUAGCAGCAUGCGUAAAUUUAAUACCAGUACUCUGAGCAUCCGAUCACAUCGUGUGGCUAAAAAACCUAAAUGCUGUAAUGAAACUUGCACUGAAACCAAUUUAAAAGUAAAUAAUAACAACAAAAUUACUGUAGAAAAUAAAAAAGAAAAGUCUAAAAAGCCAGAAGAAGAACCUGUACAAAAGACUAAGGUAAAAGAAAAUAGACUAACUAAUAAUCUAGUAGAUGUUCCCAAAGCGAAAACCACUAAAAAUGAAAAAGCCAAUAAAGCAAAAUCUACGACGAAAAUGAACACAACUGUCAAUGAAAAACCUUCAAACAAAAACAAGCAAGUUGUAAGUCCAAUAAAAAAUAAACAAGCUGUUAGUACAAAUAAAAAUAAGCAAGUCAUCAGUCCAUACAAAAAUUCCAAUAAGUCUGAUUUGAAAUCAAAGACAGCCAAAUCAAGCAACAACAAUAAAAAAACUAAUUUAGAAGAACCUAAUAAUAAACCUGCAGUAAAGCAAUCUAAUAAUAAAACUGCGGUAAAAAAACAAACUGACACUCCACAAGUGAAGAGUAAUUCUAAAUCAAAACCACCAACUGAUAGGCAACAAAAUAAAAAGGACAGCCCUAAAGCUAAACCUAAAUCUAAAUCAAAAGAUCGUUGUCCUACAACCAAUGGAGUUCCACCUAAAUCCAAUAAUAACAAUACUAUUAUACAAAACACGUCUUUCAGUGGACGACCAUGGAGGUCAUGUCGUACGCCAAGCCAAAGCAGGUCUAUAGAACUUUCUAGAUCCACGCAACUCGACACCUCCAUCGAAAAUAACAAAAGCCUUCGUUCGAGAGUAAUUAAUUUGUCCUCAUCUAUCGAAAACAUUACUAUCAACAUCAAACCUAAGAAAAAAACAAACAAUAAUAAAAAUAUUUCACAAAUCAAUACGAGAAAGAGCGAUGUAUCAUUUUCAUUAGGGGCCGGGACACCGACACCAAAAAAGAGUUUCGCGCGAACUAAAACCAAUUUGAACAGAAGCAAAAGAAGAACUUAGUAUUUAGUUGUUUUAUUGAUAGUUAUAAUUUGUUAAAUUAUGUUUCAUUAAAGUUCAUGAUUUUAAGCCUUUUACUGGCAUAGAAGGUAGAAUAAUAUUGAAGUGAAAAUGUAUAUUUUAAUUAUGUGUUUGUAAUAAUGUAAAAUGUCUGCAAGAAAAAAAGGGAUUUUGUUUUCACCUUUUUUAAACUGAGAGUUGUUGUUGUUAGCACCAGAAGUGAUAUUUAUUAUAAAUAUAAAAUAAUACUUAAUUUUGUAAGUAAUACAGCUUGGUGUUUUGUUUUGCGAAGAAUCUACAGUAGAUUUCUCUGCUGCAUGAUAUUGCAACUUAGUACAAAGAAUUUUAUUAUGAUUUGAUAACAACGCCAUUGACUAACUUUACAAUUUUAUUAUUAUAGAUAUGUGCCAUGCUUGACUUUAAAGUUUAAACACUUACAUCAUAUACAGCCAAUAAGUACAUUAGUAAAUUUUUGUAAAGUUUAGAAACUUGAAAUUUGUAGAUAGGAAUAGAGUGGACACUAAUGAAUUAUGUAUGAAUGAUAUGAUUUUAAUUUAUAAGAUUUAAAAUAAAUACCUCCAAAUAUA